UUUCAGUUACCAUUUUGAAAACGUCCCACUUUGAGUGAAAUGGGUUGUUCUGCUUAACUGAAUUGUGUUUGGUGGUAUUAAAUAAAACAGUCAAUUUUUCUGCGAAUUUUCGUCUAUAAUUGUGCAUAUUUGAACGGAGAAAAUUGGUGGCUUACUACUAUUAAUUUACGUAAUGAGAACAAAUCAGUACUUGUAUUAAAUUCUAUUCAGUUUCAGGUGCAUUAAUAGAUAAGACAAAAUGGAGGAGGAUACUGAAUACCUUAAACUUUCAGUGGAGGACCGUUGUGUUCAUAAGGCAUGGAAAGCAAGAGUUAACGGUUACGAAGAAGCAAAAAAGAUUUUCAGCCAGAUUGCGGAUGAAAAGUCUCCAGAAUGGAAUAAGUUCCUAGGUCUCAUGAAGAAAAUGGUGGUAGAUAGCAAUGCUGCUGCUCAAGAGAAGGGGUUGGAAGCUGUUCUUGUUUACAUAGAAAAUAGUGCAGUUGCUGGGAAGACUGUGGGAGAAGUGAUGUCUGGUCUAGUGACCAAGUGUGUAGCAGCACCCAAGACCAAGACUAAGGAACUAGCAGCCCAGAUUGCUCUUAUGUAUGUUGAGAUUGAGAAGCAAGAAAUUGUCAUGGAGGAGUUACUCAAAGGCACUGAGCAAAAGAACCCAAAAAUUGUGUCUGGUUGUGUCAAUAUUAUGACUCAAGCAAUAAGGGAAUUUGGUAUCAAAGCGAUCAACAUAAAGCCACUAGUGAAGCGUUUGCCAGCAUUGCUGGAAGAUAGGGACAAGACGGUGCGAGAUGAGACAAAGGUGAUGACAGUUGAAAUCUAUCGGUGGAUUGGUGUGGCUCUUAAUCCACAGCUGACCUCUCUCAAACCUGUUCAGGUGGCAGAACUUGAAUCAGAAUUUGAGAAGGUGAAGGGCGAGAAAGCUGUACCUACAAGAUAUUUACGUUCACAACAGGCGAAACAAGCCAAGAUAGUUGAGGCAGCUGAGGUAGAUGAAGGUGGAGAUGGUGACGAGUGUGAUGAUGGGGGUGCCCAGGAUAUCGACCCUUAUGAGUUGAUGGUGCCAGUGGACAUCUUGUCUAAACUGCCUAAGGACUGGCAGGAGAAGGUGGAGGCCAAGAAAUGGCAGGAGCGCAAGGAAGUGCUGGACGCUCUAGAUCAGAUGAUGCAAGGCAACCCUAAGCUGGAGAAUGGGGAUUACGGAGACUUAGUGCGAGCACUCAAGAAGAUGGUUACAAAAGACAGCAACGUGGUAGUGGUGGCUCUAGCAGCCAAGUGUCUGGGUGGUAUAGCAGGUGGUCUGAAGAAACGUUUUCAGCCAUACGCCACAGCCUGCAUCGCAGGACUACUGGAGAAGUUUCGAGAGAAGAAACAGUCUGUUGUUACAGCUCUGAGAGACGCAGUUGAUGCUAUGUACAUAAGUACAACUCUUGAAGCUAUCCAGGAAGAUGUGAUUGCUGCUUUGGAGAACAAGAACCCCUCAGUGAAGGCAGAGACAGCAGCAUUUUUGGCUCGCUGCUUCACAAAGUGUACUCCAGUCAUUCUCAAUAAGAAACUACUGAAGGCCUUCAGUGCUGUCCUACUCAAGACUCUCAAUGAAUCAGAUCCUACUGUCCGAGAUUCAUCUGCUGAAGCCCUAGGAACUGCUAUGAAAGUUGUUGGUGAAAAAGGCAUUUCACCAUUCCUCACUGACAUAGACAAUAUUAAGAUGACCAAGAUCAAGGAGGCGUGUGACAAGGCAGAGCUGCAGGUGAAGCAACCCAAGGUGGUGGCCAAAAAACCAGCUCCCGCAGCUGAACGCCCAGCCAGUGCUAAGCCUUCAGCAGGUUCUACUGCACCAAAACCUGUAAAGCGCCCAGAUGGCUCUGCUACCAAGAAACCUGCUGCAGGAAAAGCGGCAGCACCCAAAAAAGCAGCUUCAUCCAGUGCAAGUGCCAGUACUAAGAAUAAGGCCCCCGUAGAGCGGGAGAUGAGCCCAGAAGAGGUGGACGAGAAGGCAGAAGCCAUUUUCCCACCAGACCUGCUGUCUGGCCUUGCUGAUUCCAACUGGAAGAAUCGUCUGGCUGCUGUGGAACAGUUCCAUCAGUUGCUGGGCACCUUGGAGCCGAGUGAAGCUCCCAGUCAGAUGUUACUGCAAGUGAUCAGGAAGAAGCCUGGAUUGAAAGAUACCAACUUCCAGGUGGCAAAGUUGAGACUGGAUGCAGUUAAAGUUAUAGCUGAAACCUUCCCUGUGUCUGUAACUGGCGUAAACUGUGUGGUGACCGAUGUUGCUGAGAGGUUGAGUGAUAUCAAGACACAGUCAGCGGCAGCUGACGCAUUGACAGCUCUCAGUGAAGCCACUCGAUUGGAACAUGUAGCCAUACAAGUGCUGGAUUACGCUUUCGCACAGAAGAACCCCAAGGUCCAGGUUGAGGUGCUCAACUGGCUGGGCAGUGCCAUCCAAGAGUUUGGACUCACUGUUCAGCCAAAACUUAUAAUGGACAAUGUUAAGAAGGGUGUAACAGCAAUCAACCCCUUAGUCCGCACAGCUGGAGUCACAUUUGUCGGCAUACUGUCAGUGUAUAUGGGCAGCCAGUUGCAGUUGUACUUCGAUGGUGAAAAGCCUGCAUUGCUGCAGCAGAUCGCUGCUGAGUGUGAUAAGCAUGCAGGUGAGACGCCCCGUAGCCCAGUGAGGGGUGUAAAGCAGGAGUCUCGACGAGCUAGUGUGGACACCGUUCUGAGCAACGCCACAGAGGAUGAUGAGGACAGGCCUGCACCCAUGGACCAUGGAGAUGCUGGUAAUCUCAAACGAGUGGAUCUCUCACCUUUCAUCACAGAUACAUUCAUCAAUGAAUUGUCAGAUAAGAAUUGGAAGGUGAGGGCAGAAGCUGUACAGAAGUUACAGAACAUGGUGUCUGAGAGCAAGUCCAUCCACAGCAGUCUGGGGGAGUGUCCACCUGUACUGGCAGCAAGGCUUGUGGACUCUAACACUAAGAUAGCAGCUAGUGCUCUGGCUCUCUGUCAGUCCCUGGCUACUGCCAUGGGUCCUGGCUGCAAACAGCAUGUACGCGUUUUCUUCCCCAACUUUCUUCAGGGCAUGGGUGACAGCAAGGUGUGGAUUCGGUCUGCAGCCGUAGCGUGUAUCAACACUUGGGGGGAUCAGUGUGGCUAUCGGGAGUUCUUCGACGGUGAGAUGGUCGCUGAUGCCCUCAAGUCCGGCUCUCCAACUUUGAGAACGGAACUCUGGGGCUGGUUGGCUGAGAAACUGCCUAACAUCAAGACGGUACCCAAGGAGGAGAUGGUAGCAUGUAUACCUGUAUUGCUGGCCAACCUGGAGGAUCGUAAUGCAGAUGUACGCAAGAAUGCAGCAGAAGCUGUCCUCGGAGUUAUGAUGCACACUGGCUACGGACCUCUCUACAGCGCUUGUGAUAAACUCAAGCCAGGAUCCCAAGGACCUGUUAAGACAAUCCUGGAGAAGGCAAGGGGAUGUUUGCCAGAAAAACCAGUUCAAAAAUCCAAGUCAGCUUCCAACAUUCACGGAGAUAAGGGUAAAGCCAAUACUAAGAUGGGACCUGGCUCAACUGCUACAUUUACCAAGUCCAAAGCCAAGCCUGUAGCAGCUGUAGGAGCGAAGCCUGCAGGCCGCAGCAAGAAGGAUGAAGAGGUUGACACGGCACCUCUGUUACAGAAUAACUCCCUCAAAAACCAACGAUUUAUUGAUGAACAGAAACUGAAGACUCUCAAGUGGAACUUUACUACACCACGGGAGGAGUUCGUGGAAAUGCUCAAAGAUCAGAUGCUGGCUGCCGGAGUUAACAAGGGUCUCAUCGCCAACAUGUUUCAUGCUGAUUUCAAGUAUCAUCUCCGAGCAAUUGAUUCUCUUAGUGAGGACCUGGCCACAAAUGCUGAAGCACAGAGGGCUAACUUGGACUUGAUCUUGAGAUGGAUGACUCUCCGGUUCUUUGACACGAACCCGUCGGUGCUACUCAAAGGGCUUGAAUACUUGCAGACUCUGUUCUCGAUACUUAACACACAUAAAUACAACAUGCUUGACACUGAGGCUGCUUCAUUUUUGCCAUAUCUCAUACUCAAGUUUGGAGAUCCGAAAGAUGCCGUUCGUAACAGUGUGAAAGCCUUAUUGAACCAGAUAGCGCAUAUCUACUCCAAUAGCAAGAUAUUUGUUCACACAAUGGAUGGUAUCAAGUCUAAAAAUGCUAGACAACGUACAGAAUGUCUUGAGUACCUGGCUUAUCUAAUGGAUAAGGAAGGCAUGAGUGUGUGCCAGCCCACCCCUGCCACAUGUCUCAAGGAGAUGGCCAAGCAGAUUUCAGACCGAGAUAAUUCUGUGCGCAAUGCUGCCAUCAACUGUAUCGUCAUAGCCUAUUUCAUUGAUGGUGAGAAAGUUCUCAAGAUGUUGGGUCAGAUUUCAGACAAGGACAUGUCUCUGCUGGAGGAGCGUAUCAAGCGGGCUGCCAAGAACAGACCGGUGGCCAGUGUGAAGCCUCUCCCCCAGACUCCCCUCCAGCGACCCCCACUUCCUACCCCUACACCAGUUCCUGUCGCUCCCAUGGUCUACCAGCCAGAACCAGAUGAACCUGAAGAUGAAGAAAUGCCCCCUCUCCCGCCUCUUCAAAGACAUGUAAUUGUGGAUGUUAUUGCUGACACGUCUACUGACAGUAUUGAGUCAGUGAAAGGCUUGCCUGCACAUGAGUUAGCGUAUGACUAUGAACGAAUGAUGGAAAUUCCUCCUGGGUUAGAGUACAAUCGUGUCGACAAUGUAGAAGAGGAACAAGAUUGUGUAAAACAAUGUGAUGUAGACUAUCAACCACGAGAUGAUGUGCCCCUACCACGAGAUGACAUGCUCCAACCACGAGAUGACGUGCCCCAACCACGAAAUGAUGUGCCCCAACUUAAAGAAGAGCCACGUCCGAUCUCAGGACCAUAUGGGCUGGACCAAGCACUGUUGGACAACAUCGAGACACGGCCCGUCACUUAUACACAACCUAAGCUGAUCGAGUUUGAUCUUCACUUCCUUCGCGAACCCAGUACACAUUUAAACCCUGCACCAAAACUAGACACUAGCUUGUCACCAUUGUCCAAGAUGUCCAACUGUAUGACCCUAGAAUGGCACCUCACACAGAUCGGCAACCGGGACAUUGACCGAGCUCUGAACGCUAUGCAGCACAUCGAGACACUUCUUACUUCAGAUCAGCGUAACCAACUCCAUCAACAUGAGGACCUGCUAGUGGCACAGCUGGUUAGGCAGUUAGAGUUCCUCAAUCAAAGCAACCACCCUGAUGUCGUGAAUGGCUACAAGAAAAAUCUUGGUCUCUUCGUCAAGUUUUUUGGCAACUACCCAGAGCUGAGCCGGAAUGUGAAGGAAGACACUCUAAGGGAAGCAGUGAAGACACUUAUCAUGCUGCUCACAGAAAAGCGAUUAGAAAUGCUGGAACCUGGCACAGAUAUGUUUGUGCGUGUUGUCAACAACGUGGUAAUCCGAAUCCUGGACAAGUCUGACCACACAGCUAUUAUUUGUGCUCUCGUAAAGAAUCUCUAUGACACAGUAAGCAACCCAGCCCUCCAAGGCCACUACCAGGAGUUGCUCAUGAAGUGUAUAUGGAAAGUUAUCAAGUUCCUUGAUGACUGGAAUGACAUGCAGUUCGACAGAAUUUUUGUUGAAAUCCAUGCUUUUCUAAGGGACUAUCCAUCGAGCUGGUGGAAGAAGCAGCCAUCAGACACCCCACUACGGACGGUGAAGACCAUAAUGCAUACUAUAGUCAAACUGAACGGUCCAAUUAUUGGAGAGAUUGUGAGAAAUGUACGAGGGGUCAAUGCAGAGUCCGAGCUUUGGACUUAUGUGCAAAAACUACUCAAGCACAUCCAAGUGUCAGAGAACAAGGUGCGGGAAAGUGCUCCAGACAACCGAGAAAUUCAGGUCAAGUCAAAGCGACUGUCCAAGUCUACUCAUGACCAACUCAGCGAGAUAUUCCGCAAGAUCGGCAACCGCGAUGAGACUAAUGAGGGAAUUCAGUUGCUGUAUGAUUUCAAGCAGCAGUAUCCAGAUGCGGACAUCAACCCAUUCCUGCAGAAGUCAUCCAAGUUCUUCCAGGAGUACAUAGAACGGGGUCUGAAGAGUAUCGAAGCGGAUAGGCGUAUGGCAGGCGAGCCGGAGCCAGACAACAAACUUGAGGUGGAGGACAGUGACUCCGGUCAGUAUCUGCAGCGCCUGCGGGCCUGGCAGGCCAAGGCGGGUUGGAACAACAUACCUGCUGCAGCAACCCGGCCGACUCCACUCUCACCUCCCCAUCAGCCAGAAGAGCCCGAGCCCCUCCCUACCAGGCACCCACAGCUGGAUAUCAGUGGCGACAGCCUGAUGACAGAUGAGAUAGAAGUUGAGGCACUUCGCAAACGUUUGGAGAGAGUCAGGAGUACAUUAAGAUGAAAUCCUGGUUUCAUUUUAUUUUGUACAUAACCCUAUUAAAAUAUUGUUUAACUGUUAACCACUUCUGUCCAUAUUAAUUUAAUUUUUGAGAAUUGUAGAAUAUAAUAUGUAAAAUAGCUUUAUACACUGUUCGGAUAACUACAGUUUAAAAUCAGUUAUCACUUCUAUGUUUAAUAUAUGUUUAAGUAACUAUGUAAUAUUCUAAGUUUUGCAACACUGUCAGCUGCUUAUUUUAAUUGACGAUGUUGAUUAUAUAUUUAUUGUCCGGUACUUAUUUAAGGAAUUUUUUAUGAUUAAAUUGAGUUUUCUUUUAUAUUAAGGAUAAGAAAUGAUCUGUUAUAGCCCAUUAUAUGAUCUCUACCAAUUUACAUUUUAAUAGUAUAUUCAAAUUAAUCUAAAAGAGCCUCAAGUACAUAGAGAAAAAAGUAAUAUGUGAUAUAUCUCAAAUAAUAUAAAUUGUAUCAUUCCAGUAUUGUGUGCAAUUUUGAUAUUGUGCAAUAGCAUAAAUGAUAAAUCUCUAAACAUUUAGCAGGUUUGUUCUCUCACUAUUUAUUGCAAUAUUCAUGUUUUUUAUCGUGCUAUAUUUAAAUUUUGUAUGAACUUAACAUAACUGAAUUUAUAUAUUAAAUACUAAAAUUAUUACAUUUGAAAUAAAUGAAUGAAGUUUUUACAAGAAUUAGCUUAUAAACCAAAAGUCUGAUUUAAUAUAAUUCCAAAUUUAGGCUAUUUGAUAAAAGAUUGCAAUUAAACAGUCAGUAUCUUAAUGUU